UCUUCAUCUUUAACUAGAUUGUACGGUAUGAUGCACGUUUUUGCGCGCGCCUUGGUUGCAUUCUAGUGUUGUUGUAGGCCCCACUGAAAGCAGUUUCCUGUGUCCAAUUCCCUCUCAAGUCUCAAUCACAGAUCUCAAAUCGUUUUACAUUAACUCCUUUGCUUCCACCCAUUAUAACGGUCUAUCUGCUUCAACUUAAUUUCCUUCUUCUCACUUCUCACUUCUCUCUCGCUCAGAUCGCACGCUCCCAGCUUCUCACUCCUGCUGGCUGCUGCUGCGUUGCGUGCAAGGUUUUUGGUGCUAAUAAUAAGAAUAAAUGGCUGCCCGGAAACCUGGUUUGAUUGCAUUGUUUGAUGUUGAUGGGACUCUUACAGCCCAAAACAAGGUGGUGACUCCAGAGAUGUUGGUGUUCAUGCAAGAUCUAAGGAAGGUUGUAACAGUUGGAGUUGUGGGCGGUUCUGACCUUGUAAAGAUAUCUGAGCAACUUGGCAGCACAGUUACCAAUGACUAUGAUUAUGUAUUUUCUGAGAAUGGUCUUGUGGCUCAUAAGGAAGGAAACCUCAUUGGAACCCAGAGCUUGAAAUCAUUCCUUGGUGAUGAAAAGCUCAAGGAAUUUAUUAAUUUCACGCUUCAUUACAUUGCUGACUUGGAUAUCCCUAUUAAGAGGGGAACAUUCAUAGAAUUCCGUAGUGGAAUGCUGAAUGUGUCGCCAAUCGGGCGAAACUGCAGCCAAGAAGAAAGAGAUGAAUUUGAGAAGUAUGACAAGAUUCACAACAUUCGUCCGAAAAUGGUUGAGGUGCUUCGCGAAAAGUUUGCUCAUUUUAAUCUGACAUUUUCCAUUGGAGGCCAGAUAAGCUUUGAUGUUUUCCCUCAAGGUUGGGAUAAAACAUACUGCCUUAAAUACCUUGAAGAUUUUAAUGAAAUUCACUUCUUUGGUGACAAAACCUACAAGGGUGGAAAUGACCAUGAAAUCUAUGAAUCAGAAAGGACUAUUGGCCACACAGUUACAAGUCCUGAAGAUACCAUGAAGCAGUGCACAGCUCUCUUCCUUAAAAAUUGAAUUUGCUGAAGCAGUGUUUCCAUUGAGAACCACUAUUGAGGAAGUAUCAAAUACAUGUGAUCACAAGAUGCAAAUCACUGUAAUUUUGGUUCCCCAAUUUUGUAAUUUUGUUGGCAUUUUUAUAUAUUGGAUUUGAUAAAUAAGCAUGUCAUGCAGUUAAAUUGUUUCAAAUCAAUCUGUUAAGAGUGAUGCGGCCAACUCAUAACAUGACAGUGUUGCUGCCACUAGAUUUAACUUAUUUUAUGUUCAAAACAACUAAAGAAGCUUGUUUCUUGUUUCUACUUCUUAU